CAGUGUAUAAUAAAGAACGGUAGUGAUGUACGUAUAGAAUAUAAAAUAACUCACCGCAAUUUUACAGAUUUUACAUUUAGUCUCAAGAAUCUACGUCAGCAUGACCAAAUCUCUAAUGACUUGGAGACAUAUGUAAUGUUCGUGAACCUGUAAUAGUUGCAUUUGCUAUGGCAACAAAUUAUGUUUACAGGACAAUGUUAGCAGACGAUGCUUUAACGUUUUAAAUACAUGGAGAAAUAUAAAUUGACAUAUUUAAACCGACCAAGUUCUCACUGCUGUAAUCAAUGACGUACAUAUUUUAAAAAUUCACGAUGUCUAACGCAACGAAUGGUGAUGCUGAAAAUUUACCAGAAGAACUGUCUCAUGCUGAAGUAAGGAGGGUGGAAGAAUCAGGAGCAGCAGGCAAAGAACAAAGACAGGAAGAGAAAAAAGUUCAGGAAGAAAUUCCAGAAAUAUUAAAUUCUGAUGAUUUCAUCUCUAAACCCUUCUUAAGUAAAAAGUGCACCGUGCCUGAAGCUAUUCUCGUUUUCCAUCAUUCCUUUGGUUAUGAUUGUCAACGAUACUUCAACUUGGUACUCUUAGAAGAAACGAUACUUGCAUUUGCCUCUGGAAACUUGAUACACAUUUUUAAUGUAGGCACUAAUGAAUUAUGGUUCAGGCGAAGUGCAGGAGGUGGAGGAAUAGGUCAUAUGGCUAAAAAUCCUAACCCUGCAUAUCAGCAUCUUGCAGUAGCUGAAAAAGGUAAUCAUCCAUUGAUAAUAAUUUACAAUUGGCCAUCACUUGACAUUGUAUGCUUGCUGAAGCAAGGUGCUGAGAAAAUGUACUGCCAUAUAAACUACAGCCCAGAUGGGGAGAUGCUCUGUUCUCAAGGAGGGGCGCCAGAUUAUCUGCUGAUUGUUUGGAACUGGAAGGCCUCUAAGAUAAUAUUGUGUUGCCAGUCCUGUUCUAAUGACGUGUACAAGGCAGCAUUUGCCACCUCUGUUCCUGAUCACAUUAUAACAUGUGGUGUGGGGCAUAUUAAUUUCUGGAAGGUGGGAAGAACCUUUACAGGCCUUAAACUUACAGGAUCACUUGGAAGAUUUGGGAGGACAGAGAUAAGUGACAUUAUAGGUUUUCUGACACUUCCAGAUGGAAAGGUAAUAUCUGGCUGUGAGUGGGGCAAUAUGUUGUUAUGGGAAGGAGGACUGAUCAAAGUUGAAGUUUCAAGAAAAAAGAAAAAGCAUUGUCAUGCUGCUCCAAUUACUCAGUUUGAAUUUGAAAAUGGUGAUCUCACAACUGUUGGGUUAGAUGGGUUUGUAAAGAUGUGGUACUUUGAAACAAUUGAUGCAGUAGAUCCACCAGAAGAAAACCGCUUUUUUGAGCUAGAGCCAAUGAUGGAGAUUGAAAUUAAGGAUGCUGACAAUCAAGCUGCUCUCAUGUGUGUUGUCAAGAUCUCAGAAGAUCCUGAAGACACCUUCUGGUAUGGUCAGGAUGCCAACGGUGGCAUAUGGAAAUUUGACUUGAACAUCAAGAGCUCUCUUCGGCAGUCUCCCGAGCAGCUAUUGAUAUGUCACGCAGGACCAGUAAUGGACAUGGCCGCUUCACCUGUGGAUGAACAUCUUGCAACACUUGGAAAGGAUGGCAGACUCUUCAUUUACAAUUAUCUUGAAAAGAAACUUCUCCUUGUUAAGAGAUUUCCUGCACAGGGCUCCUGCCUCCUCUGGCUGCCACUGCAUGCGUACAAUACAGAAAGUGUACUGGUUGCUGGAUUUGGUGAUGGCGUAGUACGAGUUGUGGUUGUUUCCUUAGAAGAAAUGAAGACUGAGCCAAGCUCAAAGGAAGAAUUCAUAACAUUAAUUCAGGCUACAAAACCACAUUCUAAACCAAUUACAGCAAUGAGCAUGAAUGGUGAGGGAAACGUGUUGGUUACUGGAAGUGAAGAUUGUACAGUGUUUGUGUAUCAGAUUGCACAGAGCUUAAGAUACAUCUCACUGGUACCUAUAGGUUUUGUGACCAUGCCCAAUGUGGUUACAUUCCUCAGCUGGAAACCUCAUGCAAUGAGUACACUGCUGGUGUCCUGCUGUGCUGGAACAUUUGUGGAAGUGAUCCUUCCAGAAUAUCCUCAGGAAUAUACAGAUGUUUCCUUCCACCUGGUGAAAACCAAAACAAAGAACAUCACAUUCCAAAGUUGCAAGUCACAGAUCCGCAGGGACAUGAACUUGAAAGAAAGAGAGGAAUGGAAGUUGAAGAAACUAGAAAGAGAGAGAGAAGAGAUGGACAAAACCAAGAAAGAGAAUCUUGGAACAGAUAUUGAUGAAGAAACAUUUCUAGGUGGUUCAGAAUGUGAAGAGGAGUUGGCACCACUGUAUGUUCCUGAAGUGCCCAACACAAUUCUCUUUGCUCUGUACACUCCAAAGGAUACAAUAUGGCUCUCUGUAGCUGGCUAUGAUGCAGGUUACAUGUAUGAAUUUGACAUGGAUAAGAAGGAACCUGUGUGUUGCACUGUGAUAGCAGAUGCUGAUAAUAUUGAAAUUUACAGCUACCUCUUCAACCACAAUAAGAAGUAUCUAAUACUGGGCAUGCAAAAUGGACAAAUCCGAGUGAAUCGCGUUAAUCCAGACAACCAUGCAGACUUGUCUGAUUACUGGCUCUACUCCAUGCACGAUAACACAAAUGGAAGAAUUCGCCGCAUGUGUUUCAACUAUGAUCACCAUUUCAUGUUCAGCUGUGGAGAUGAUGGCAAUAUCUUUUCAUAUCACGUGAACUUUGAAGAUGAAUAUGAUUAUAUCAUACCCUCGAAGGAACAUAUUGCAUCUCCUGGAAUUCCAAUUCAAGAGAAAGUUUCAGACAUUGAAGACAUAAAAUAUCUAAGUCUGGAAGAAACAAAAGCCAAGGCUGAGCAUGACAAAAGGAUAGCAGCAGCCAAUCAGAGAAAACAGAAAGUUCUCCAGAGAUUAGAAGAACUCAAAAUUAAAUUUGGGGAUAUUAUCUCCAGGAACAUGAGGUUGCCAGAGUCUCAACGGAUUCCUAGGUGUGACCUGGAAAUACAUCCAGACAUUACAAAAGAUUUGGAUGGCACACUUGAGCAGGAAAUCGAUCUUGUGAAACAAAAGUUUGCUUUUGAAGUGGAGAAGAGUAGACUGGGGCUACAGAAACUUCAGGAUUACUUCAUAAAUGUGCUAGAUUCUAUGACAGUCUAUGUCUGUAGUAUCAGAACAAAUAAGAGAGUGUCCACAUUUAGACAGAGAAAGCUUGGUAAGGAAUUUGAUGAUGCAAAGGCAGCAGUGCAGUUCAAAAUAGAAGAAGCUGAAAAGAGAGACAAGCUGGAGGAUUCUUUAAGGUCACAUCAAAUCCACAUAGUACAAGAAGAAGCACCAGAAGAGGCAGAAAGAAAAAUUCCUCAGAUGGAAGCUUUUCUCAGAGCAGUUCCAACCAAUACUCCUGAAUACAAAGCCAACAAAAAGUUACAGAGACUGGUAAAAAAAUAUAUGCAGAGAAAACAGAGAGAGGAACAAAGGGGGCAUGAGUGGGAUGUGCUUCUUAAACAGAAGCCUGAUGAAACAAAACCGCACCCGGAUGACAUAGCAGCUAUCACAGAGGCAGAAGAAGCUAUUGGAGAUUACAAGCUGAAGUCAGCACCAAAUUACAGGGUGCCUAAUCAUUUACGCAUGACAACAGUCAAGAAAUAUGACCAACUUCUUGAAGCAAGAAAAAGACUAUUCCUGAUCAAAGACAAUUUCAACAGGAAGGUUUAUGAUCUUCGGAACAAGAAGACUGUACUUAUAGAGAGUUUCAGUGAACUUAAUGCUACACUUGAAUGCAUCCAUAAAGAACUGGAACCAGUGCAAAGAAAGUUUCUAUCUGACAUUCCAAAGUUUUAUGAAGAACUUGAGUUUCCAGAAAGGGGAACUAAGCUGACUGAAGAGGACAAAGAAGCAUUAAUGGCACAGAAAUUACAGUCAUCUGACUCUGAUAAUCCCAUGACAGAUGGCGCAGCUGGUGAUACAGAACCUGUAGAUGAAGAGUAUGAGGCUGUCCUGGGUUCACACUAUCCACAAGCUGAAGUAGGAACAUUACAGCAAAAUAUUUGCAAGCCAUACUUUGCAAGCGAGUGCCAUGUCUCAACAGAACAGCUGGGAGCACUGGCCACUGAAGAUAACACUGUUACAGCUUGGGAGACUGAGCUGUGCAAAUGUAGGAUGAAGAGGAAACUCUACGAACAGGAUCAGAUAUUGACUGAAGCAGGAUUGAAAAUUGAAACUUUUGACAAAGAGGUUGAAGAUUUGUCAAACCUGAAGAUAAGAGUUGCAGUAGAAGCAAAGUUUCUCGAGUUGCAUUUACUCACGUUGCAACAGGAACUUAUUAUUCUCAGAGAUUUUGAAGAUGUGGAAGAUGAAGUAUCAAAUAGAGUUCUUAAUUCAUUAAAAGAAAAACAUGAGCUUGAAAGAAUGAUUAAUGACUUGCAAAAGCAAGUUCAAAUAAAGCAAACAGAAAUUAAAGCCCUGCUAAAUAAAGAGGUAGAAUUUCAAGAUAGGUUUCAGAUGGCAACGAAUAACAGCAAGUUUUCUGACUUUUUGAGAAAGAUUUACAAGUAUAAACCAUCAAGAGUUCGAAAUGCUGAAGACGGCUCAGAAUUAAGCAACUGUUUAUCAUCCUCACCUUCAAGCAGCAAUGAGUCACUUGAUAACACAGCCAACACUGGGUCAGAGGGGCUUGGUCCAGUCACACUGCAUGAAAACACGUGCCCUGAGGGAUGUGCGCAAGACCUCUACAAUAUGACGUUUGAGCUGAGAGCUGAACGUCAUGGCUGUGAACAAGAACUUAUUGAAAUAAGGAAGCAAGUAGAAGCACUGAAGAAAGAACUGGAACUGAGUCUAAACAAGAUAAAAUCUGUGGAAGAAACACUCAAAAUUAACGAAGAAGAACUGGAAAUUCUUGAGACAGAAAAGCAACAGAAGUUAAAUGAGGUAGAGUGUUUGGUUGUACUGAAACUUAGUCAGAUCCAAAACUUCAAAAAGGGUACCAACACCAUGGAGAAUCUAUCCAACAGUCUGCUCUUCUCACAGAAAACACUACAACAGCUGUACUCCCGUGCAGGAGAACUGAAGAAGGAGACAGAAAUUCAGAUGGAGAAACACACGAAGAAUCAAAAACAUUUCUGCAGACUGAAGGCUGACUGCCAGCAUAUGACAGAGAUGAUUCACAAACUGAAGGCAGACAUAAAAGAGGGUAUGCGAAGGAAGUUUGGUCAAGAAAUUGACCUCGAUGAGUUGGAAGAGUCAGUCUUGUGGAGACUUGUGGCUGAAAUGAAAUAUUCCACAAAAGACAUAAAGAAGGCAUACGAGAGGAGGAUAUUUGAAAUGCAGGCUUCCCAGGGUACACUUGCUUUGAAAUGGUCUCACCUGGAUCCUAAUUUAAAAGAUGUUCCUAUCCCCCGUCUGAGUAUGAAGAUACAAUUUCCUGCUGUGACUCAGUCAUCAUUAGCAACCACUGCUGACUGCCUCCAAGAAAUUAUUCAAGUGUUCUUCGUCCAUCACGAGAAACUUCGUGAAAAGCAAGAACAUCUCUCUAGAUAUAUACAAGAAAAUACGGAGAAGCUACAUUUGCUGACCACCUUGGAAGAAGAAAAACAUAAUUUAGACAAGUUAUUAAGAAUUCAAGCCUCCAAACUAGAGGAAGCUUCAGAUGAGAACCAAGACCCAUAUGCAUCUGAGAUUGAGAAACUGAUUCAAAUUAAGAAACGCCAAGCUCUCGAGAUUGAAAGUUUAAAGAACGAAAUAAGACUGCUGAGUGUGAAAAGCAAACCACUGCCACCUAUUCUGGGGACUCUGGGGCCCGAAGCAGAGUCAGGACAGCCUCUUCCUACAAUGCCCGAAGAAACGUCUGCAGAAGAAGAGGAAGGAUCAGAAGAGAUGGACCUUACUGGUAUACGGGGGAUUCUGAACAAAAUAACUCAAUCCAUUCCUGCAGAAGCUGGGCACACAUUAUCUGUGCAGCCAGAAGGUGGUGGUGUUCAUCAGAUUCUAGCAGAAAUAACAGAUAAUUUAAAUUCAAGAGAACCCUCUAUACAUGACAUCACCACUGUACAAGAAAUAUUUAAUGAAAUCAAACAGAAAUCUCAGUCUAUUACGGAUAUAAUUCAUGCAGUAAGGAACAUGGUUCAUAACAUUGUUGCAGGUCAAACUGCCGGAAAAAGUCCAGAAGAGAUGUCAUACAUCCUAUGCAUAGUACAAGAUAUCAUUGACAAGGUACAUAACUCUUCCAGCAGUGAGGAGUCUACACACACUGUAAAACAUAUUCUUCCCAAUAUAAUAGAAAAAAUUACAGGAAGACAGCCUACAGAAGGAGAUCCUAAUGACACUGAAGGAAUUCUUCAGUGUGUAGCACAGCAACUUCAUUCAAGUGAAGUUUUACUUAAUCCUAUUUUUGCUGUCCAGCAGAUCAUAUGUGAUGUCAUUAGUGUCCUUCAGGCCACAGAAAUAUCUACAAAUGAGAAACAAGAUAAGGUCAAGCAACUACUGGAUGAUGUUACUGGCAAAUCCGCAGAAGACUCGACAAAUUGUACAGACAGUGUCAGAAACGUUAUCAGAGAACCGGUAGAAGAUAUUACUAGAUUAGCUCUAGCAGAGAGUGACAAUGUUCUUACUGAAAUGGAAAGUCUAAGAGAAUUUAAAGACACUGCACAAGGAAAGGAAAUUCUUCAAGAAACUUGUGCAGAGGUUCUCUCUCACAUUAAAGAAACUUCUGACAGUGAAGAAACUGAACAAGGCACUGAAGAUGCAGAUGACCCAGUAUCAGAAAAAUAACAUGAUCAGAACUGUAAUAGAAUGAGAAUGCACUCCAAUAAUUUUGUUGAAACAAAAUGACAUACAGGAUUCACACAGCCUUUCAAGAAGUAAAACAUUAUAGAAAAAUAAUGAACAAAGUAUGUGGUUGUAUAAGCAGCCUCCAUAGUCUAGGGGUAACGUUUCCACCUCAUGACUCAAGGUACGUGGGUUCAAACCCGGUGGAGGU